AUGCCAUCAGACGCAAAAAAGAAACAACAACAAAAGAAGAAAGAAGCUGCAAAAGCUAGACAAGUUGGUAAUAAGAAACCUACCCAAAAAACUGAAAAUGGAGAGGAUAAAGAUUCAUUAACUAGCAACAUAACUGGAGAAAGCUCAACAGAAAAUGGAUCUUUGGAAAUUAGUGUAGAAGAGGCUCUUUGCCAAAAGUUAGAAUUGGAUGCACGUUUGAAUGCUGAAGCUCGAUCCUGCACAGGAUCUCUGGCUGUGCACCCUCGUUCUAGGGAUAUUAAAUUUGAUAACUUCUCAAUUACUUUCCACGGCAGUGAAUUAUUACAAGAUACUAGACUGGAACUCAAUUGUGGCCGGCGUUAUGGUCUUAUUGGGCUAAAUGGUUCUGGAAAAUCCACUCUUCUAGCGGUUCUUGGAAAUAGAGAGGUGCCUAUUCCUGACCAUAUUGAUAUUUUUCAUCUUAGUAGAGAAAUGCCUGCUUCUGAUAAAUCAGCCCUGCAAUGUGUAAUGGAAGUAGAUGAAGAAAGAAUUAGGUUGGAGACUUUGGCAGAUCAACUAGUUCAGUGUGAAGAUGAUGAGUCUCAGGAACAGUUGAUGGAUAUUUAUGAAAGGUUAGAUGAUCUUUCAGCUGAUACUGCUGAAGCAAGAGCUGGAUAUCUGCUUCAUGGUCUAGGUUUUACAAAGGAUAUGCAAAACAAGAAGACUAAAGAUUUUUCAGGUGGAUGGAGAAUGAGAAUUGCUUUGGCUCGUGCUUUAUAUGUAAAACCCCAUCUAUUACUUCUUGAUGAGCCUACCAAUCAUUUAGAUUUGGAUGCUUGUGUUUGGCUGGAGGAAGAACUUAAAACGUACAAAAGAAUUUUAGUCAUUAUAUCACAUUCUCAAGAUUUUCUUAAUGGUGUUUGUACUAAUAUCGUCCAUCUGCAUAAGAGAAGAUUAAAGUAUUAUACAGGAAAUUAUGAUGCUUUUGUUCGAACAAGACUUGAGUUGUUAGAAAAUCAGAUGAAGCAAUAUAAUUGGGAGCAAGAUCAAAUAGCUCACAUGAAAAAUUAUAUAGCCAGAUUUGGUCAUGGUAGUGCAAAACUAGCUCGACAAGCUCAGAGUAAAGAGAAGACAUUAGCAAAAAUGGUUGCUGGUGGACUUACUGAAAAAGUUAUAUCGGACAAAAAUGUUGUAUUCUAUUUUCCUUCAUGUGGGUCAAUUCCUCCUCCUGUCAUAAUGGUUCAGAACGUUAGCUUUCGUUAUAGUGAAAGUACUCCUUGGAUCUAUAAGAAUCUUGAAUUUGGUAUAGAUCUGGAUACACGAUUGGCUUUAGUAGGUCCGAAUGGAGCUGGGAAAAGUACACUGCUUAAGUUACUGUAUGGUGAUCUUUUUCCAACUGAAGGUAUGAUUAGAAAAAACUCUCACUUGAGAAUGGCUCGCUACCAUCAGCAUCUUCAUGAAUUGUUAGACUUGGAUAUUUCACCCCUGGAUUACAUGCUUAAGUCAUUCCCGGAAGUGAAGGAAAGGGAAGAAAUGAGAAAAAUCAUAGGAAGAUAUGGUCUUACUGGAAGGCAACAAGUUUGCCCUAUCAGGCAGUUAUCUGAUGGUCAAAGGUGUCGAGUUGUAUUUGCCUACCUGGCAUGGCAAGCACCUCAUCUUCUUUUACUUGACGAGCCUACAAAUCACUUGGACAUGGAAACAAUAGAUGCUCUUGCCGAAGCGGUUAGAGAUUUUGAAGGGGGAAUGGUCCUUGUUUCCCAUGACUUCCGGCUAAUUUCUCAAGUUGCUGACCAAAUUUGGGUCUGUGAUAACGGAGCUGUUACCAAAUGGCAAGGUGGAAUACAGGAUUACAAGGAACACCUUAAAGCUAAGAUAGUGAAAGAAAAAAAGAAAUAG